UAAACCCAAUAACUGGUUGGGCCACCCUUAGCAGCAAGAACUGCAAUCAAGCAUUUGUGAUAACUGGCAAUGAGUCUGUUACAGCACUGUUUAGGAAUUUUGGUAAACCCAUCUUUGCAGAAUUGUUGUAAUUCAGCCACAUUGAAGGGUUUUUAUGCAUGAACUGCCUUUUUAAGGUCACACCACAGCAUCUCAAUAGGAUUCAGGUCAGGACUUUUACUAGGCCACUCCAAAGACCAAAUUUUGUUUUUCUUCAGCCAUUCAGAUGUAGACUUGUUGGUGUGUUUUGGAUCAUUGUCCUGCAGAACCCAAGAUCGCGAACAGAUGGUGGCACAUUGUCCUUCAGGAUUUUUUUUGGUAGACUGCAGAAUUGAUGGUUCCAUUUAUCAUGGCAAGUCUUCUAGGUCUUGAAGCAGCAAAACAGCCCCAGACCAUCACACUACCACCACCAUGUUUUACUCUUUGUAUGAUGUUCUUUUUCUGAAAUGCAUUGUUACUUUUAUGCCACAUGUAAUGGGACACAAACCGUUAAAAAUUUUCAACUUUUGUCUCAUCAGUCCACAGAGUAUUUUCCCAAAAGUCUUGGGGAUCAUCAGGAUAUUUUCUGGCAAAACUGAGAGCAUUUAUGGGUUUUUUUGCUCAGCAGCAAUGUUUUUUGUUUUGGAACUCUGCCAUGCAGGCCAUAUUGGCCCAGUCUCUUUCAUAUGGUGGAGUCAUGAACACUUAAAUGAGGCAAGUGAGACCCACAGUUCUUUGGAUGUUGUCAUGGGGUCUUUUGUGACAUCUUGAAUGAGUUGUGGCUUGGGGUAAUUUUGGUUGGCCGGCUACUUCUAGGAAGGUUCACCGCUGUUUCAUGUUUUUGUAAUUUGUGGAUAAUGUCGCUCACUGUGGUUUGCUGGAGUUCCAAAGAAAGAAAUGGCUUUAUAUGGCACAAUACCCUUGGAGUGCAAUGACCAAACCAAGAACUACAGCUGGUUCAUAGUUAAGGUGGGUGUUGUGACCGCAGCCCAGAGAUCUACACACAAAAAGGAAACAGUACUCAUCAUGUAGCUGCCAAAUACCAAAGUACACAAAGCUCUAAAGAGGGGUUGCUCAACUACAAAAUGUCUGGUGGCCAAUUGCGGAUGUCAUGGGCCUCUACAAUUGUGGAGAACACUGCAGAGAGUAAAUGGGCAUGCAGACUACAAUGGAUUGAACAUGCUUUGGCUCCCUACUUAUGUUUUGUCACUUUUACUCUCAGAUGGCAAUGACACUCCCUGAAACUGCCUUGCCCAGAUUCGUCUUCCCCUGUGUCCAGGUCCACUCAGGCCAACACAAUAAUUUUCCAGACCAAAACAGUCACUUAUUUUCCUCUUUUUCUUUUGCAGUUAAGAAAAGAAAUCUCUGCUCACACUGUAUCUGUGUUAAACCUAUAACCUUAAACACCAAUUAUGACUGUAAAUCAUAGGUUUUUCUCACUGUAUUUUAUCUAACCUUACUUUUCUCUCUGUUGCUUUACACAGAUCUUCUCUCAAAGACUAAAAUAAGUGGAGAUUUAGGAACUCAGACUUUGAUGGAGGUUUUUAUUCCAGAACUAGUUGAAAACUACGCUGGGAAUACGAACAAAGAUGAAUAUAGGUUCCUCUGUGAUCAUGCUGGUCAGUUUAUGUGCAAAUUGACCAGUCUUGUGUUUGAGAUGGAUGGGAAAGGGGAAGUGCUGUACAGAAUAGAGUCCUGGGACAGCUGUUACUUGGAUGGACUAGGACACCUGCAGCCUGCAGGACCUUUGUACAGUAUCGCCUGCCAUGAAGGCUCUAUCCGUCAUCUGCAUCUUCCACAUUGUGAGAUCUGUACAGAUGAGGUUAAAUUGAUUUCAGCACAUGUGACUGGUGGUAAUGUGGAACUUAUUCAGCCACUAAAAGUAACAAACACACAUGUCAUCAUAGACAUUCAAGUUCUCUCCUUAUUUGGCCUCUUGAAACGUAUUUCCCUAAAAUAUCCCAUCAAAGCCCAAGUGAUUUUGUUCUACAAAAAAAAAUAUGGAAAUUCCAGGAAGAGUAAACUGCAUAUACAUCUUUUGCCAGGCAAUGUGCCAGUUGAAGAGGUGCACAGACAGCAUAGGAGCAUGACAUACAUUGAGACAAGCUCCAAAUGUAAACUGACUUCUGGCAAAAAAUACAAGCCAUGUUGUAAAGAUACUGACCAUGACUAUGUAUUACAACCCAGGAUUGAGAAGUUUGAUUGUGACUAUGGCCCGAACUAUCAUCCUACAUUUGAGAUGUUCUGUAAAACUGAGGUUGAUAAAGUCACUGUAGGUCUUUUGGAUGAAAAUGACCAGGAAGUGUGGCAGCCCCGUUUGGUCUUGCUUACAGGUACAGAUGCAGCCACACCCACACCCACAUCAGAUACCACAGGUGCUGACUUUAUGGAUCGACACAUGAAACAUCUCAUUCAGAGAGUUUCUUCGGUAAUGGAGAUAGCAGACUGUUUAAAGAGCAAGAUGAUGAUUAGUAAUGAAAAGUACAAGGAAAUCCAUGCAGCAUCACCAUCAUGUGAGCAAAUGAGGCUCAUGUACGAAUGUCUCAAUACAGGAGUUGUGAAAGCAGAAGCCUAUAAAGUCCUUAAGGAGAAAGAUCCUUACUUAGUGGAUGAAUUGAGUAUGGAUUCAUCCUCCUAAUUUUAAUGGGUUUUUAAUUUGUUAUACAGUAUUUACUAACAGUUAAGAGUAUAUCUUAUAUGUAGUACAGCAUCAUAAAUCGUCGCUGUCGGGCAGAAACCUCCUACAGUAUGUCCAAAUUUUGUCAAUUUCAUAUUUUUUCGUAUAUCGAUGCUAUUGUUCAGUCCCCAUGUGGGUCUGUUAUUUAGUUAUUAACCAAUAUAAAGUCGUCUUGAAAAUAGCUUGAGUGCAAAUCUCUUAACUCCAUUGGACAUUUCAACUGUCCACCUCUUCUUCACUCCGUGGGAGAGCUUAGCGGCAUAUUUCUCCUCAAGAAGAGUCGUAACGAAUAAAC